AGGGAGAGAGAGAGAGCCACGUGCCAACAGCAGAGCCUCUGAAUAUUCUGUAAUCUACAAAGGAGAGAAAACUGCGGCAAAACGCCACACAAAAACUGAAACCUUUGACAUCAAUGGAUCAUUCACCCCUUGUUUUUUUCAGACACCUUUUGUCCUUUCACUUUUCAACUUCUCUCUCCACUCUCGUUUCUGUUAUUGGUUUCAUCUAUGUCAGUUCCUAGCUCUCGGUUUCGUUUGGUACAUGUUGUCGUCGGGUCCAGGAACAAGACAUGUCGGUUAAGGCUAAGCAAACGUUGCCAUGGUGCAAAAGUUUGAUGAAGGAGGUGAAGAAAUUGGGUGCUUUGAAGCAGACAGGGGUGAGUCUGAGGUACAUGAUGGAGUUUGGUUCCAACCCCACCCCAAAGAGUUUGCUCAUCUCUGCUCAGUUCCUUCACAAAGAGCUUCCCAUUAGGAUUGCAUGGAGAGUCAUCGAGCUUCACGAUCUCCCUCAUGGCUUGUCUCAGACAGUUCCUGUUUUGAAGGUUAGAGAUUGGUACUUGGAUUCUUUCCGAGACCUUAGAUCUUUCCCUGAGAUCAAGGAUAUGGAUGAUGAGAAAGAAUUCACUGAAAUGAUUAAGGCUGUGAAGGUGAGACACAACAAUGUGGUUCCUACAAUGGCCUUAGGUGUUCAGCAAUUGAAGACUGUUUACGAGGAUCCUAAUGAGAUUGAUGAGUUUCUUGAUCGUUUCUACAUGUCAAGAAUAGGAAUCAGAAUGCUCAUCGGGCAGCAUGUGGAGUUGCACAACCCCAACCCUCCUCAAAAUUGUGUUGGUUACAUACACACAAAACUGUGUCCUAUGGUUGUGGCUAGGAAUGCAAGUGAAGAUGCUCGUUCCAUGUGUUAUCGCGAAUAUGGCAGUGCCCCAGAUGUUAACAUUUAUGGGGAUCCUGAAUUUACUUUUCCGUAUGUUUCAGCUCACUUGCACCUUAUGGUAUUUGAGUUGGUUAAGAACUCACUGCGUGCUGUGCAAGAGCGUUUUAUGGAUUCUGACAAAGUUGCUCCUCCAAUCAGAAUAAUAAUAGCUGAUGGAAUAGAGGAUGUUACCAUAAAGGUCUCUGAUGAGGGAGGUGGAAUUGCAAGAAGUGGUCUUUCAAAGAUUUUUUCGUAUCACUACAGUACAGCCAGAAAUUCAUCGAAUGAACCUGAUCCUUCUGAUCUUGGAAUAGCUGGUAAUGUAACAAUGGCUGGAAAUGGUUAUGGACUUCCCAUUUGUCGUUUGUAUGCUAGGUAUUUUGGUGGUGAUCUUCAAGUAAUAUCUAUGGAAGGAUAUGGAACAGACGCAUAUCUCCAUUUGUGUCGUUUGGGAGACUCUCAAGAACCUUUGCCCUGAAAUUAAAAAGUGAAUACUUAGCAUGAAAUAAAUACCAAAGCUAUGUAACACUGACAAUGAGAACCACUUUUAACAUUGAUUUAGUUCUAACAAUUUGGAAGUCUUAUAAAUAUCAUCAAUACUCUGUAGCUUGUAGAAAAUAUUUAUCAAUAAUUAUAAUGAUUCUCUUAUUAAGUCUUUACAAAACUCCUUUCCACAGAUUAGUUACAUCACACUAUUAACAGAGUUAGAAAAGUUAAUUCCUAAAUUAUACAAAAUACUUAAAUAUAGUUUUUGGAUUGUGUCAGGAUUAUGCAAUAGGGUACCAGAUAAUAAAACUAAUAAGGAAUAAAAAUAAACUUUAAUACUAUAUUGUAGGGUGUGCCAGGCUCAAGCUAUAGUGCAAGACUUGAGCGACACUCGAGAUCCCCAGUAGCAAGCCACUGUAGUGAGAUCUCCCCUUCAAAAAAUUAAUUUAAUAUCGUGUGGACCAUUGGCCCACAUAUCAGAUAUUAAACUGAUAAGAACAGAUACUACACUUGAUCUUAGCCAAAAGGCCGAGAAAGGUAUGAGUGUUAA